AAACAGACACGGGGCGGCGCUCCACCGCGCAGAGGCGGAGGAAUUGGAAUUCAACGAGCCGGCCAAGCCGAAUCCUCCGCGGAAAAAUCCGAGAGCCCCGGCGGCGAGCAGGGCGCGGGCGGCGCCGGUGGCCGGCCGGGUCUAGGCGGGGGGUCCGGCGACGAGGGAGCUCGCGCCUCGCGGGCGGGCGCGCGCGCGCGGGGAGGCGGGAUGGCCUCGGAGGAGAUGACGGCGACGGAGGUGGCGGCGCUGCUGGAUCUGAAGCCGCACCCGGAGGGCGGCUUCUACGCCGAGACCUUCCGCGACGGCUCCGUCACGCUCUCCACCGCCCAGCUCCCGCCCCAGUGGUCUGCUCUCUGCGAGCUAGGAAAUUCAAGCCGGAUAAGCCUGGCAGUGCGUGCUACUUCUCUCUGUGUGACGGAUGUAUGCAUCAUGAUCCAUGAAGUGGGCGCAUCGGGAAUGCUAGGGAAUGUGAUGGUGAAUUUGCCAGAUAAGGUCGACCGUGCUGUGAGCACUGCAAUCUACUUCUUGCUUCCUGCAGGGAGUGUGUCACGUCUCCACCGCAUUCCCUGUGCUGAAACCUGGCAUUUCUACAAGGGAGAGCCUCUCACGGUCUUUGAGCUACACGAUGAUGGCCACAUUGACCUCACUGUCAUUGGCCCACACCUCGAAGCCGGCCAACGCCCCCAGUACACCGUGCCACCGAAUGUGUGGUUUGGUUCCUUCCCCACACUGGACGUUGAGUCGUUUGCUUCCGAUGGCAGCGUUCUUGUAAAGUCUCGGAAGCGGGAUCCGGAGCAGCACUACUCCCUGGUGGGAUGCACCUGUGCCCCUGGCUUCCAGUACGAGGACUUUGAGAUGGCCACAUUCGAGGACGUGAGGUCCAUCGCUCCCAAGGCUGAACCUUUCCUCAAGUUCCUCAUCCCUUCAACCGAGUGACUCCUUGGCGGCCUCAGUUGAUGCCGGAUGAGUGCUCAUCUUCUCUGUACUGGAUUCCCAUUUUUAGGCUUGCUUUUACCAUAUUGUAGACCGUAAACUGUACCAUGGUGCUGGUACCGCUUGUAACAUUUUGUGCAAUGAAACAGAAUAACUGCCGACCUUGAUGGUGAAAGUUGAAACUGGAGGUGCUUUUUUCACAACUCUAAAA